AUGGCGACUCUGAAUGGCGCGCCGGCCGAUACGGUUGCCCCAGGGCACGCCGACACCUCCAUCACCAAAGGCAGCUUCAAGAUCACCACGCGCAAGCUUCCGAUUCUCAAAGCUGGCCCCAUAGAGGACAUGACGAAGAAGCUCGGCAUCACCCCGCCCGAGAUGAUAUUCGGCGACAACCUCACACGCAUCGAGCAUUCGAGUGGCUGGUUCAUCGAGUUCAAUGCCUUUGACGCGCUGGACCGCGUGGACAAGACUGGCGACAAGAUGUUCAAGGUCUCAUAUUCGAAAGAGUGGCAGCAGAACAGACAGAAACAGUUUGAGGACAUCAAAGAGGUUGUCAAGCCAUUCGACUGGUCGUACAGCACAGACUACAAAGGCACGACGCCCGAAACACCACCCUUCCAGCCCUCAGAAAGCCCAAUACCACUCGAACUGCUCAAGCGACCAGACCCCAUACACUUCUUCGAUGAGGUCAUGUUAUACGAGGAUGAGCUUGCGGACAACGGCAUUGCGAUGCUGUCAUGCAAGAUCCGGGUCAUGCCGGCGCGACUGCUUCUGCUGGUGCGCUUCUUCAUGCGACUGGACGAUGUGGUGUUCAGGAUUCGCGACACCCGAGUGUACGUCGAAUUUGGGUCAGACGAAGUCAUAAGAGAAUACACUGCCCGAGAAGCACCCUAUGAAGAAGUGCGAAAGAAGCUUGCGGCCACUGGGAGGAAGGAGGAUGUCCUCGCCAUCAUGCGCGACCCCAACCGUUUGUCAGAGCACAUCCCAAUCAUGGAGAAGAGUCUAGAGGGUUUGAAGCUGCGAUGA